GUUUGCUACCUGUGUGAAUGAAGCGAUCCGACACUAGAACUUAGCGAGCUCACAUUCUGGGCUUUUAUCGCUGGAGUUUUUACACAGCGGCCCUGGGUUAACCGAAGAAAUGGCUGCUGUGGUGACCACAUAGAGAUAUUUUGCGUUUCGUGUUUGUUUUUGUAUUUUAUUUUCGUCAUAAGGAGGAAGCACUCAGUGCUGUUGUUAGCCUAUGCUAACUCGCCUUCAGGUUCGCUGUCCUGCGGUUUUCCUGCUCUCGUUUCUGGAUUAAUUAACGCAGGCCCUGUCGAGAUAAACCAUGGAGUGUUGACUGAGUUGAAGAGUGCACUAACAUCGGAUAAUUUCGCCACAAAAAAAAUUAUGCCCAAUGUGGCUCACUACUGCUUGUAACGUUAGCAUGUUAGCGGUUUGGCUAUGCUGGAAAGUCGUAAAGAAACCAAACCAAGCAGUUUUGAUGAUUCCUCAGGAUGAAUGUUUCCAUGUAGCCCUUGGGUCACAGUUGUGCCAAAAACCCUUCAUGAACUGCACUACAAACAGGGGUCUGCUGGAGGAGCAUGCAAACAAACCGUUGAUACUAAAAGAACACAGGUCUGAAGUUGUUCUGGAACGUCUCGCUUUCUGCUAAUUCUUUCAUAACCAGUCCGAGAAAGUCCUUCCUGAGGUUCCCAAUGGAAGUGCCGCUCUAGAAACUUUGACAAGGUAACUUCAAGAUCUCUGGGUUGUCUCAUCAGGAAGCGAUAAGAUGGGCUCUCAGGUUCUUCAGAUAUUGCGGCAGGGAGUGUGGGCCUCUCUGAGCGGAGGAUGGUACGUGGACCCUCAUCAGAGUACCUUCUCGAACUGCUUUCAUCUCUACCUUUGGAUAUUCCUCUUGGCCUUCCCGUUUCUUCUGUACAUGGCCCUUCCUUCCAGUUUAGUGGUGGCUGGUGUGUACUGUGCUGUGAUAGCGGCCUUCUUUACGGCCAUAAAAGCAGUGAACUUCCGACUACAUGCCAUGUUUGACCUGGGCGAGAUUGUGGAGAAGAGGCAGGCCUCGUUCGCCACAGACCCCAAUAGAGUGGAAGAAGGAGAGGAAGGCUCUGGCACUCACGACGGAAGCCAGCGCAGGAACAGUAGUGUCGGUGUGGAAAUGACGGUGUUCCGAAAGGCGAACUCCACCCCUCCUGUACGCUGCAGUUCCCAGCAUUCACUAUUUGGAUUGAACCAGGUGUCGGAAUUUCCACCACAGCUUGAAGACCCUGGAGGCUCAAAGGGUAUGGCGCCAACCUGCUUGGCUGGGGAUUACAGAGGGCUAAUUGGUGUGGAUGAUCUAUUGUCGGGAGGCUUUAGUAGCCUGCACCCAACAAAUUGUCCUUCCAUCCCACCGUCACCAUCCAGCCAAGAAGAUGGAGAUGAGAAGGACCAGGUGGAAAAUGGGCGUGUGGAGCAUCUAUCUCAGCAGAGCCCCGAUGGGGAUGGUCUAGGAGGCUACUCCCCCCUUGGACCUUCAGCUGAGUCAGAGAGUCUGGGAGAUGCUCCUCUCAGCCCUCUCAUCAAGAGUAGCUUGAGCGAGGAGCUAAGUGAGAACUUGUUGGGCUUGGGCCUUGACCCUGUCACUUUUGCUCCUGGUGCUGAGCACCCAUGCAGCCGCACCGGGGUAGCCCUGGCUGCAGGAUCCACUGACAGCUGCUUCAGUGGAGGUGGAGGGGCCACAGACAGAGAGACUCUUAGUACAGUCAGUAGCUACCGCAGUGAGAAAACGGACUCAACCCAGCUUGAGAGCCCUUCGCUGGGCCAGAUGCAUAAACCCAUUUUUAACGCUCCUUCCACAGCUUUGCCUCAGGGUAAAGGCCCCUAUCAGCAGCCUGGAGAUUUGCUCCAAGGUGGUAGUGACACAGAUGACUUGUCAGACAGCGUGCUGCUACGAUCACCCUCCAAAGAGCUCUCCUCUGGGCAGGGCCUGGACAGAACUCUGGUGGAGGGAGAGGACCUUCCCCCUUCGCUUACAGACCUUGCACAGCCCUCCUUGCGAGACUCAUCACCAUCUAGCAGCGGGCCUUCUGAGUCUUGCGAUCUUGAUGGUGGUAUCCCCAUACCCCCUCUUCCUCCUCCGCGCCAGGCCAGCUCUGUACCCUCCGGGUUGGCACUGGGUUUGGUCUGCUCAGAGCCCGCUCUGCCGGUCUCUGCCCCAUCCUACCUCCUAGCAGAGUCGCCGUCUCUGCAAAAGCAGCAGCAGGUAGUGCGACCUAAAGAUCUGAAACUGCUACGUGCGGGUAGCAGUGUGGGUCACAGACCUGGUCGCAGGAAAGCUCCCCGCAAACGGGGCACUGCUGGCAGUAGCAGUUUUGACUGUGGCUCCUACCGCCGGCACCAAAACCGUGCCCAACACAGAGACUACAUCCCUGUACGCAGUCGGCUGGGUGCCAAAGCCUACAGCGAGAGCUUGUUCGAGGACUCCAGCGAUGAAGACGACGGCAGCGACGUGAGUGUUGGCUCUAGUCUUGGAUCCCAACGUCACUUCAGUUCUGACGAUGAAGACCAUGAUGAAGAUGACGAUUCUAGCUCCUCUACCUCUUGCUACUCCCCAGAUCUGGCAAAUACCGGCAUCCCUUCUCAACCUGUCCCCUCUCAACUGCCUAGCCCUGGAGAGGGGGAGGAGCCUGACAAAGUAGGACCCUGCCAUACUCGCAGUGCUCAGCGCUCAGCCAGCACAGCCAGUGCCAAGACUCAUGCCAGAGUGCUAAGCAUGGAUGGGGCUGGUGGAGGCUCCAACAACACAGGGACCCUAGCAUCUACUGUGCUACCUUUACCCCUUUCUUCUACUCCUGCCCCACGUCCACUCACCGUCUCUAAAUCAGAUCUGGAGGCUCGGACAGUGCACUCAGAGGGCUUCUCCAGGGCCCACCAUAGGUUAGACUCUCUUGGAGGCUCCUGGGCUGGGAACCAGACGGGUUGGAGGGCAGGAGAGCUGCUGGAAGAGGGGGCAGUAGGAGGAGCCCCAGAGGAGGGAAGUAAACGUGACUCCGUGAGCAGUGUUAAAAGGACACAGGCCAUUCGCAGGCGUCAUAAUGCAGGUAGUAACCCUACCCCACCCCCUUCUGCCAUGGGCUCUCCUCCGAGUCUUCAAGACCUUCAGAGAGUCCGCACUUCCUCUCACUCCCGCACACGAACGCUCCCUUCUGCUCUGCACUUCGCUGCCUCAUCCUUGCUGCUGCUGCGCAGCGGUGUUCAUGAGGCAUCCACCUUUGAUGACACCUCAGAGGGAGCUGUGCACUACUUUUAUGAUGAAAGCGGAGUAAAGAGGUCUUAUACUUUUGGGCCUGCUGGUGGAGGAUAUGAAGACCCAGUCCAGGAGCGAGAGCGACAGUCACAGUCCUCUAGCUUUACCUCCACUGAUGUCCAGGAGGCGGCGCCAGGGCUGUCUCUGCUGCAGCCCAGACCAGUGGUCCUCCAGGGCAUGCAGGUCCGCAGGGUGCCUUUGGAUAUGCCAGAGUUUGACCUAGAUCAUGAGUCCCCUCACGAAUCCCAGGAGAACACACUGAUGAUUGAGGAAAAGGCCAAGCCUAAACAGUAUUACCGUUUCUGGGUGCUGCCAGGAAAAUGGCUAAGAGUUCGUUACGACAGACUUGCUUUGCUAGCCUUACUGGACAGGAACCGACGCGUAGGGGAGAAUGUUUUUGCGGUGGUAUUGGCAAGCUUAGUGGCGUUCCUUGGCUUCCUGUUGCUUCUCCAGGGCUUCUUUAGGGACAUCUGGGUCUUCCAGUUCUGCCUAGUCAUUGCCAGCUGUCAGUACUCCUUGCUAAAGAGUGUGCAGCCUGAUGCAGCAUCUCCGAUGCAUGGCCAUAACUGGAUCAUAGUGUACAGCCGACCAGUGUAUUUCUGCUUGUGUUGUGUGCUGAUCUGGGUAUUUGACCUUGUUGGCCACUCGGACAGUAUGAGGCCUUUCACCCUUUACGGGGUCACCUUCUUCUCCACACACUUUCUGCUCUGCGCUAGAGAUAUGCUCAUAGUUUUCACCCUCUGUUUCCCCAUCAUCUUCCUGUUUGGGCUUGUACCUCAGGUCAACACGUUCCUCAUGUGUUUGUUUGAACAGGUGGACAUGCACCUUUUCGGGGGAACUGCAACCACAAGCCCCUUGUCUUCAGUCUAUAGUCUCUUGCGCAGUAUAUUGGUGGCAGCUCUGGUUUAUGGAUUUUGCCUUGGUGCCAUCAGUGCUCCGUGGGGAGAGGCACAUGUCCCGGUGCUCUUCUCUGUGUUCUGUGGCCUCCUCCUGGCCUUGUCCUAUCAUCUGAGCAGGCAGAGCAGCGACCCAACCAUCCUCUGGUCUCUGGUCCGCUCCAAGUUCUUCCCAGAACUGGAGAGCCGGACACCAGAAGAGCCCCCAUUAGAGAUUAAAGACCCUCUCCCAGAGAAAUUGUGCAACUCUGUGAAAGAGACUCUUCACUCAGAUCUGGUCAUGUGCCCUCUUAUGGCCAUUAUCACCUUCGCCAUUAGUGCAAGCACCGUCUUUAUUGCUCUGCAGCCUGCUCUCAGUUUCGUCCUGUACAUCUUGGCUGGGGUGGUGGGGUUCUUCACACACUACCUCCUGCCUCAGCUCCGAAAACAGCUGCCCUGGUUCUGCUUGGCCCACCCUGUGCUGCGCUCCAGAGAAUACAGCCAGUUUGAGGUCCGAGAUGCUGCUCAGCUCAUGUGGUUUGAGAAGCUUUAUGCUUGGCUGCAGUGUGUGGAGAAGUAUUUCAUCUAUCCGGCUGUAGUGCUCAACUCCCUCACCACUGAAGCUCACACUUUCAGCCAAAACCAUGACAAACCUGGAGCCUAUGGCCGUGCUCUGUUCAUCUCAGUGGCUGGAAUGAAGCUGCUUCGUUCGUCCUUCUGUGUCCCGUCUCAGCAGUAUGUCACUCUGUGCUUCACCGCUCUCUUCUUCCAAUUCGACUACCCACGCGUUUCACAGACCUUCCUCCUCGACUACUACUGCAUGUCCAUCCUCUUCAGCAAGCUGUGGGAUCUGCUGUAUAAGCUGCGUUUUGUGCUGACCUACAUUGCACCUUGGCAGAUCACAUGGGGUUCUGCUUUCCAUGCCUUCGCUCAGCCAUUCGCCGUUCCCCACUCAGCCAUGCUGUUUGUACAAGCUGUGUUUUCUGCUCUCUUUUCUACUCCUCUCAACCCUGUGCUGGGCAGUGCAGUUUUCGUUACUUCAUACACCCGACCUGUGAAGUUCUGGGAGAGAGACUACAACACCAAACGGGUUGAUCACUCCAACACACGCCUGGCCACACAGCUGGACCGCAACCCUGGUGCUGAUGAUAACAACUUGAACUCUAUCUUCUAUGAGCAUCUGACGCGCUCUCUGCAGCACUCACUGUGUGGGGACCUUCUGCUGGGCCGCUGGGGAAACUACAGCACCGGAGACUGCUUCAUCCUGGCCUCCGACUACCUCAACGCUCUCGUACACAUCAUUGAGAUCGGCAACGGCCUCGCCACUUUCCAGCUCAGAGGCUUGGAGUUCAGAGGAACAUAUUGCCAGCAGAGGGAGGUGGAGGCGAUCACUGAAGGGGUGGAGGAAGAUGAAGGCUGUUGCUGCUGUGAGCCAGGUCAUCUCCCCCACAUGCUCUCCUUCAACGCGGCCUUUGGCCAGCGCUGGUUGGCUUGGGAGGUGGCCGCCACCAAAUAUGUGCUGGAAGGCUACAGCAUUAGCGACAACAAUGCAGCUUCCAUGCUUCAAGUAUUUGACCUGCGCAAAAUUCUCAUCACAUAUUAUGUCAAGAGUAUCAUUUACUAUGUGACCCGCUCGCCCAAACUGGAGGAAUGGUUGUCCAAUGAGACAGCGCAGGAUGCUUUGCGGCCCUGCCUUAGCCCUUCCUAUGUGGAUAGUGAUCCCACCUUUAACCUGAACAUAGAUGAAGACUACGACCACCGUGCUUCCGGCAUCACUCCCUCGUCCUUCUGUCUGGUGUACCUGGAGUGGAUCAAAUACUGCAACAGCCGCAGACAAACGCCAGUUGAGAGUGAGAAGGAUUCCCCUCUGGUCACACUGUGUUUUGGGUUGUGUAUUCUGGGCCGUCGAGCUCUGGGCACCGCCUCCCACAGCAUGUCAGCCAGCUUGGAGCCUUUUCUCUACGGCCUUCAUGCCCUGUUCAAGGGCGACUUUCGUAUCACUUCUCCUAGAGACGAGUGGGUUUUUGCAGACAUGGAUCUGCUGAACAGGGUGGUGGCUCCAGGAGUACGGAUGUCCCUCAAACUGCACCAGGAUCACUUCACCUCUCCUGAUGAGUAUGAGGACCCAGUGGUGCUGUACGAUGCCAUCACUGCCAAUGAAGAGAAGAUGCUGAUCUCUCACGAAGGCGAUCCUGUGUGGCGCAGUGCUAUCCUGGCCAACAUGCCUUCUCUGCUUGCUCUCCGCCACGUUAUGGAUGAUGGAAGUGACGAGUACAAGAUCAUCAUGCUGAACAAACGCUUCCUCAGCUUCAGAGUCAUCAAGGUGAACCGGGAGUGUGUGCGCGGGCUGUGGGCAGGACAACAGCAGGAGCUGGUCUUCCUGCGGAACCGGAACCCUGAACGCGGCAGCAUCCAGAAUGCCAAACAAGCCCUGAGGAACAUGAUUAACUCGUCCUGUGACCAGCCCAUUGGAUACCCUAUCUAUGUCUCCCCACUCACCACCUCCUACGCUGGAGCCCAUGUUCAGCUACGUUCUGUCUGGGGAGGCCCCAUCAGCCCUCACAACAUUUACACGUGGUUCAUCAGCAGCUGGGACAGGCUUCAGAAGGGUUGUGGUGCUGGAUGUAACAGUGGGGGGAACAUUGAGGAUUCAGACUGUGGUGGCGGCUCUGCCUCCAUCAGUAACAACCCUGCAGCUCAUCCUCCUCAAAACACAGCGUCCAGCAUCCCUCAGCCUCAUCCCACUUUUGUACAGCCCUCAAUGGGGACUGACAACCCCGUUGGACCUUCCUGGCCACUGCAUCCCCAGCCCCUCCCACUAGCCCUACUCAGCCAAUCAGAAGGUAGGAUGGAUGCUGGGCUGGUUAGCUCCUUGCACCGCACCUCUUCUAUCCAUGGGCUUUUGGGGCAACACCUGUCCAGCUCCCAGCUAUCUUUCAGUAGUUCGUUGGUCCUGCCGCCUGCAGACCGCUUCUGCCCCAGUAGCCUGCAGGACAACCCCAGUCACAGGGUGUCUCAGAGGGGCCUAAGCCUGGGCCAGGGUAGCGGGCUGCCCUAUGAGGCCCUGUACAGCAAAUGGAGUCUGUCAGGGAGGAAAGGAUUCAAUGGACCUGCUGUAACGGAAGGGGAUGGCUCAGCAUCACAGAGCAUACGCACACAGCCUUUGCAGCCUCCCCUCCCUGCCCUGCCCUCUGAUGUCAGCCCAACACUGGAUCCAAUGGGAGCAGUCCUACCCUCUGAGACCACGCCCCUUACAUCAUCAGACCCGCCCAGUGCACGGGAGGAGUCUACAGAGCUGCCUUUACUUGAGCGCCUCCGCUGAGUCUGCACAGCUGGGAUCGGACGAGCCCAUGGUGAUCCUCGCCAUCCUGAGAGAGUGAGCUGGGAGGACUUCAAGCUGACCUUAUCAACCCUUUUUUAUAAUUAAAGCAUCUUCAGUCAGUUCUGCCUAUAUUAGGAGGUUUCUCGCAAGUCUCCUUAAUCAACACAUCACCAGAUACAGAAGCACACUAGAAGAGUGCUGCGUUAAGUAAUGAACUCUGGACUGAGCUCUCCUAAGCUUCUUUGGCUAAAAAGCCAAAAAAGUGGCCAGUCAGUGCAAUCUUAAGGGAUUUUCUUUUCUUAUGUAAAGAGGGUCAGGUCAUUAAAUCAAAGCAAAUCGGUGACCUGUACCACCAGCAGUAACAAAAAGGGAACUCUCUUCUCCUCUGUAGCAGCCUUAAACCUACUCAAGCUUUCGUUUUUACCCCUACGCAUCCAGUCCCUCGCUACGCAUCAAGCCGUAUUGUGCAGGAUUCCUCUCUUUGAGGCCCAGAGCUUUCCUCUACACAAGUCACCGUCCUUUCAAGACCAAAGGACUCGAGUUUGAUUUCCCCCUCACCGACCCGUCAUUAUGUAGCUCACACAUUCCAGCAAAGACAUUUGAACGUGUCGCCCAUCACUCUUAAACAUCAACCACGACCGUUCUUCAGCGAGCUUCAGGGAUAAUACUUGAAUAUAAUCACAAAUACUCGCUCACAUGCACACUUCCCUUAGCACCUGGUGCUCCUUACAUAGUUUACAGCCGCCUCGGGUGAGGACAGUUGGGACAGAAUAGACGUCAUCAAACCGGUGGUCUGUCUCUCUUUCUUUUCUUUGUUCAUCCCACAGGAAAUCAGACUACCUACUAAAUUCCUAAUCUGCUCCCUACCGAUUUAGCUCUGAUGGUGAUGUAGUGGGCCAGAGCACAUGAGGGCUUCCUGGCCUCCCAUCAGGCUUUUUCCUGCUGCUGCAAGUGCCUGCAGUUUGUCUCCCUCUACUGCAAUACUACUGCUACUGCACCACCCCCUCUACUACUAAUAGAACUCCCCAAACUACUGCUUUGACUUCUAAACUCCAGCGUUUUAGUUGGAACUCGAUAAGGGGAAAAAACAAAGAUGUACCAAUUCUAAAGACAAAGAUUUAUUUGAUUGCUGAUCUCAAAUGGAGAUGGACAGAAUGGCUUUUUUUUUGAUUGAUUGUGCUGAUAGUAGCUGGACAUGAGUGAACUUUAACCUUUGCCCCCAUUCUUGAAUCCACCGGAUUGUGACAAACGAAUUCCCUAAAUCUGUGUGUAAUACAACUGGAAGGUUAGAUGUCAUUCUGAUGUUAAAUAUCUGCUGUUGGGCAAACGAAGCUCAGACCGCCUGCUGUGGAAAGCAGGGCACUUACUGCCUCUACGACAACAAACAUAUCAAACAAUACCGCGCUGACUGGCAUAGCUGCGGCGUGUCGAUGUAAAGGAGCUUGAAAUUUCCCAUGAGCUGUUUAAAGUGGUUUUCUGAUUCAGAAAGCCGUUCAGCGCUUUUACACCAUACAAUUCCCAGCUUAAAAUGAUUGACGUGGCUGAGCUGUGCUCUGAAAAAGGCUUUGCGUCGAACGAUAUGGUUUGAGAGUCAGCAUGCGGGGGCCGCCAUGUAAAAAUGGUGCCUUACGAUUCGACAGACGGUGUUUAGGUGAAAGGGAAGGAUUUUUGCUGGAAAUUUUACACUGGUUUCACAGAGUAAUGCCGUUUUAUGCAAAAUAAUGUGGUUUUCUGUUGAGAGGCCCCAUGGUGUUCCUUUUACAGUGCUUAUUCAAAACGCCGGAUUGUUGCUCGAUCAACAUCAAGUUUGGAUGUGACUUGAGCCUCUAGCUUCGUUUAGUGCCAUUAGAGGAAGUUCACAGAAUUGAUCAUGCUCAUGCAUUCCUAUUCUCACUUAAACCACAGAUUGUUUGUACGUUUAUAACACUGAAAAUAUAUAGCCUCUCUGACCAUCACGCACCAUAUCACAAGUCGUUUGAACACUAAACAUCACGUCUCCCUGCAGACCGUGCAGCCUAGUCUAUUUUUGAACACCACCAUCUCAUGUCGUCUGCUGAGCAAACCUUCCCCGUUUAUGGCUUCUUGCAGUGGAUUUCAAUAGCUAUCGAGCAUUUGGUUCGAGGCCGAUCAACCUCUUUCUCUCUUUUCAUCAAGACCAUUUCUCUCAUCUUUAGGGUGACUUUUCCAAAGCAACAGGGAGUACUUCUCUAACUGGGAGAAAGCACAAAUUACUGGAUAGUCUUGGGUGUAAGUGAUUCAAAAGGGAUCUAACCCAUCUCUGCCAUAUAUGUACAGCAUGUUUUGUAUAUAAAUAUAUAUAUAUAUAUAUAUUAAUAUAUAUAUAUAUAUUAAUAUAUAUAUAUAUAUAUAUUUUAUUAUUAUUGGAUUUCUGGUUAUUUUUCAAUGGAGGACACUACUUUGAGUCUUAGGGGAGUCACGCUUCGGUGUAUCUGUGCUUGCGGAGGGGUCCGACAUAGAAUCAUGAAGUCUGGGGAAUGAACCAGUUAAUACUGCUUUUGCACAACUAUUGUAAAAUAGUACACCAUCCUGUAUUUUAAUUUUAGUUAUAUGGAGGAUUGUUUUAUUUAAAAAC